GGCAACUUUUCCUGUUGUGCUGGCUCCAGUCUCGCUCAAUCAAGCUCUGCCUGACGUGGGAUUAACAGGGAACAUUUUGCAGGCUGCGGUGAUUCCUGAUGUCUCCUCCGCUCUUGUGGAUAUGAAUUUCCCAAUUCGGGUCAAAGGUCUUGUUCUCUCUGCAGAAAUGUGUCAGCGGCAGCAGCGCAAAGCGGGGCGAAAUCCAUCGAUAGCUGAGCAGCUUCCCUGGAUUUCGCUGCCAACUCCACUUAGUUUAGCCUGAAGAUGGAAACACUGGAGUCCGAGCUGACAUGCCCAAUUUGUCUAGAGCUCUUUGAGGACCCGCUUCUCUUGCCUUGCGCUCACAGCCUUUGUUCCAACUGCGCCCACCGCAUCCUGGUGUCGCACUGCACCCCCAGCGAGCCCAUCCAGUCCAUCCGCGCCUUCCAGUGCCCGACCUGUCGCUAUGUUAUCAACCUCAACCAGAGAGGCCUAGAGGGACUUAAGCGCAACGUCACCCUGCAGAACAUCAUUGACCGCUACCAGAAGGCUUCCCUGAGCGGACCCAACUCGCCCAAUCAGACUCGGCGGGAACGAGCCGCCCCCGACACCGGCGCUAUGACGCAGCCCGGCGACAGGGUGCAGUGUCAGUUUUGCGAGCAGGAGCCUCCGCAGGACGCCGUGAAGACCUGCGUCACUUGUGAGGUGUCCUACUGCGACGAGUGCCUCAAAGCCACUCACCCCAAUAAGAAGCCCUUCACGGGCCACCGCCUCAUCGAGCCCCUGCUAGACUCCCACUUACGAGGGGUCAUGUGUGUGGAGCACGAGGACGAGAAGGUCAACAUGUACUGUGUGACGGACGAACAGUUGAUCUGCGCCUUGUGCAAGCUGGUGGGACGACACAGGGACCACCAAGUCGCCGCUCUGGGAGACCGCUACGACAAACUCAAGCACGCCCUGGAUACCAACCUGAGCAAUCUCAUCAAGAGGACCAGCGAGUUGGAAACGCUCAUGGGCAAACUCAUCCAAACGUGCCAGCACGUGGAGAUAAACGCGUCCAGGCAAGAAAACAAGCUGCUGGAGGAGUGUGACCUCCUGAUCAAUAUCAUACAGCAGAGACGGCAAAUCAUCGGUACCAAGAUAAAGGAGGGAAAGACUGUGCGCCUGAGGAAGUUAGCCCAGCAAAUAGGCAGCUGCAAGCAGUGCAUCGAGAGGUCGUCCGCACUCAUCACUCAGGCUGACCACACCCUAAAAGAGACGGACCCUACUCGCUUCCUUCAGUCGGCCAAAAGCGUCUGUGAGCGCGUCUCUAUGGCAACAGCGUCCUCUCAGAUCUUGGUCCCAGAAAUAAACCUGAAUGACACUUUUGACACUUUUGCGCUGGAUUUCACAAGGGAGAAGAAAAUGUUAGAGAGUUUAGAUUAUCUCACAGCGCCAAACCCACCGGUAAUCCGGGAGGAAUUAUGCACGGCUUCAUACGACACAAUCACAGUUCACUGGACGUCAGAUGAUGAGUUCUCCGUCGUGUCCUAUGAACUUCAGUACGCCAUCUUCACCAGUCACUGCAAUGUUGUCAGUUUGUGUAACUCCGCUGACAGCUGGAUGAUUGUGCCUAACAUCAAACAAAACCACUACACGGUCCACGGCCUCCAGUGCGGCACCAAGUACGUCUUCAUUGUUAAAGCCAUCAACCAGGCUGGAACCCGUAGCAGCGAACCAGGGAAACUCAAGACCAACAGUCAACCAUUCAAACUGGAUCCAAAGUCGGCUCACCGGAAGUUAAGGGUGUCCCAUGACAACCUGACGGUGGAGAGAGAUGAGACGUCGUCCAAGAAGAGCCACAGUCAGGACCGAUUUAGCAGCCACAGCAGCUAUGGCGUCAUGGGCAAUGUUUAUAUUGACAGCGGACGACAUUACUGGGAAGCUCUGAUAGGAGGAAGCACAUGGUUUGCCGUGGGUAUUGCUUAUAAAUCGGCACCAAAACACGAAUGGGUGGGCAAAAACUCCGCCUCCUGGGUACUGUCCCGCUGUAACAACUCAUGGAUGGCUCGUCACAACAGCAAGGAAACACCCAUUGAACCCUCGCCACACCUGCGGCGUCUCGGCGUGCUGCUGGACUACGACUCCGGCUUCCUGUCUUUCUACGACGCCGUGGGCUCUCAGCACUUGUACACAUUCGACAUCGCCUUUGCACAGCCCGUCUGCCCCGUGUUCAACGUGUGGAACCGAUGCGUAACCAUCCUCACUGGACUGCCCAUCCCGGAUCACCUGGAGGGGACCGAGUCCAGCAACUGACAGGACCACCUUGGGUGUUUGUGUGGAUGCUUUUCAGCACAGUAAAUGGCUGAUGAGAACCUUUUGCUGAAUUGAACUUACAAUUUGCAUUUUCUUCAAGCAUUUUACUUUGCACAUUUACUGUGUGUACAUGAUACUGCUGGAUCAUUUCAAGGGAUCGUACUGACUAUUUUCAAUUCCUAAAAAUAUUUUAAAUAGGCUGCAUUGUACAUUUCAUUUGUGCAUGUCUAUCCAUGCGAUGUAAAAAGAUUUUUGUGUCACUGGUCUGUUUCUGGAGGGCUUUGUGAUAAAUGUAUAUUUUUAAUAUGUGUUUGCAAACUUUUUAGCACUUUGAGACGACACAGGGAGUGUCACAAUAAAAUGCAUUCUGAAGCCACUUGAACAAGAGAAUGCAUUUUUCAUUCACCUGUUUAAACAGAAACAGUUUUGUAUGAAGCUUCUGAACAGGCCUUUUGAUUUGUUGAAUUCAAAUUUCCAGUUAUGUAAAUAAAUAAGAACACCACCACUAGCAGCAUAUGUUACCAAUAGUGGUUUCAGAGAACAGAUUGUAUAAAAAAAUGUAUCAUUCGGCCCGAAAACACAAAAUGAGGAGUCACUCAUGGCUCCUGCACAGGCACAUGCCCAAAGUGCAGAAGUGCCCAAACUUUUUCCCACCAAGGGCAGCAUAGUGAAAAAUCAAGGCAUGCACGGACUACUUUGAUAUUUUGCGUUUUUAAACCAAUCCAUGUAGACAUGCUCAGAAGUUUAAUGUAUUUCAUGCCUCCAUCUGAAGCUUUGUGUUUUAGGUGACAAAGCACAUUAUUAAUAUCAGCUUUUUAUCCUUACAUUACAGUUUUUUUGCAUUUCUUUCUUGUGAGUCUUUUUUCUCAUAAUAUCGUGACUUUAU